AUGGUCCGCCAGACCGGCAAUGCAGCGAGGUCCGAAAUCGCCACCAGGCUCCUGCGCGAAGCGGCUGCAAUCAAGCUUCUACUGGGCUCCAAAGCCCAAUCGCCAGGGUGCUACAAUGAACACUGGAUCGUGCAGGAAUUCGAUACCCAGGUAAAAUGCGAGAUGCUUCUUUCGCACCAACAGAACCGACGAAGCCAUCACCGCGAGUCAUGCGCGAACGCAACUGCCUGGCUUCUGCUAGUGCUAUCUUCCGCCGUUGUACUCGCCGGCUGUGGUCGAUCCGCGCCCGAUCAUGUGCAAUUCACCACGGCAGAGCUUGAGCGACUGCAACUCGAAGACCUGGACGGCGAGCCGUACGAUCCUUGGAACGCCACCGAUGCGAAUGUGCUGGUGUUCCUGUUCACGGGCAUCGACUGUCCAAUCUCGAACCGCUAUGCCCCGGAGGUCCGUCGCUUGUACGAAGCGUAUCAUCCGCAGGGGAUCGACUUCGUGUUGGUGUACCCACAUGGCGAUGAGACGCCCGAGGACAUUCGUGAACACCUGGCCGCGUUCGACUAUCCCUGCACGGCCGUUCGCGACCCGGACAAGACCCUGGCGACCUUGACCAAAGCCACCGUAACGCCGGAGGCCGUCGUCAUCGGCCCCGAGCUGCAGAUGGUCUAUCGAGGCCGCAUCGACAAUCUCUAUGCCGACUUUGGCAAAGCCCGCGCCGCCGCCACGACGCACGAUCUAGACGAAGUGCUAAAGGCGUUAGUCGAAGGGCAAAAGGUUCCGGCCCGCACGACCGAGGCGCCGAUCCACGUGGCCGACCCGCUGCUCGACAAGUUGCGUCUGAGUUUGAUCCCCGGCGUCGGCCCUCGCCUGCGGCAAGCCCUGCUCGAUCACUUCGGCUCGCCGGGCGAGAUUCUGCUGGCCCGCGGCGAUCAAUUACGUGCGGUGCCCGGCAUUGGCGAUAAGCUGGCCGAACGGAUCGUAGCCGCCCGCGACUCAGACGCGGCCGAGCGUGAGAUCGAACUGGCCGCCGAACGCAACAUUCACAUCAUCGCCGACGACGACCCCCGAUAUCCGCGGCUACUGCGCGAAGUGCCCGACCCUCCGUGUGUGCUGUUCGUCUACGGCGACGUCAUCCCUCAAGAUGCCGUGGCGGUGGCCAUCGUCGGUUCUCGCCACAGCACCCGAUAUGGUUUGCAGCAAGCCGAACGCCUCGGCGGAAGUUUGGCCCGCGCUGGUGUAACGGUCAUCAGCGGGCUGGCUCGCGGCAUCGACGCGGCAGCCCACCGUGGAGCCAUGGCCGCCGGAGGGCGAACCAUCGCGGUAUUGGGGAGCGGCCUGUUGCGCAUCUAUCCGCCCGAGCACGUGAAACUGGCCGAUGAAGUCUCCGGGAGCGGCGCCGUCAUCAGCGAGCUACCGCUGAAGUUUGGAGCGAUGAGCGGAACCUUUCCGCAGCGGAAUCGACUGAUCAGCGGCAUGACGUUAGGCACGAUCGUCGUCGAAGCCGCCCUCCGCAGCGGAGCCCUCAUCACGGCACGUCACGCGAUGGAACAGGGCCGCGAAGUGUUCGCCGUGCCGGGCCGUGUGGAUAGUCGCAUGUCGCACGGGUGCCAUCAGUUGAUUCGCGAUGGUGCCAAGCUGGUCGAGAACGUCGACGAUGUGCUGGAAGAACUCGGCCCGCUGGUGGAACCGACCGCCGAUGCCGACGGGCGCACCGUGCGGCACCCGGCCGAAUUGAAGCUGAACGAAAUCGAACGUCGGGUGUUGGAGUCGAUCGAUAACGAACCGACCUCCAUCGAUGGCAUCCAAGCCCGACUGGGGCUGCCUAUCUCGCAAGUGCUGGCCACGCUUAGUGUGCUCGAGAUGCGACGCUUGAUCGACCGCACCAGUGGAACCCAGGUGGGUGCCACUGCUGGCUCGUCCAGCAGUGAGAUCGUUCAGAUACGCACUGCUGGACGAGCUAGCAGCUUCUCCGUCAUUGCCGUGUUGGCCAUCCUUUCGGCUGCGCUGGUGAUGACCUACGCCAUGCUGCGGGCGCAGGCCACUUCGGUUCAACUCAGUCGCAACACCGACCGUAUGGCGGCUGCCCAACAGGCGGCCCAAACCGGGCUCACGAUGGCCAUCCGCCGUAUGCACGAUGCGAGCGAAUGGGGCGGCGUCUCUUCGGUCUACAACCAGUCACUCAGCGCUACCGAAAGCUUCACCGCCACCUACACCGCAGGCGACCCCGACCUGACCGCGGCCGACGAAGACUGGGACGACUAUCCCUAUCGCGUCACCGUCGAUGUCGAAGGUUCUUCGGUCGAUACCAUGUUCAAUGGCAACGUGGCGGUGGCCAACAUCAGGGCCGUGGUCCGCCUGGUUCCGCUCAACAUGCCCGAUGAAUUGACCGACUGGGAAACCGUGCUGCAAUACACGGUGUAUCAGACAGAAGACAACGAGGUACUGGUCGAACUACCUUGCCGAAUCGAGGGAGCCGUGCGUCUGCAAGAAAAACUCAGCGUCCUCAAAGAUUCCACGAAUGACGAGGACGCACGAGAGCAAUAUCUCGAAGAUUUGCAGGGUGCCGCACUUUACGGCGCAGGCGACUACCGUCCAUUCAGUGGACCGGUGAGCCUCCCGUUCGGUGACCAAGACAGCGAAAUGUUCGACGACGUGACUGUGAAACUAGGAACGCCGGUGGUGAACAUCUCAGCCACAUCGAUGCCGAGCGACUGGGAUUCGCAACCGCUGCCAAAUAGUUACACCACAUACCGCCUCUAUCCAGGCGGCCCUGAGUACACCGUAGCGACACUCUCCGGCUCGCUGCCCAGCGGUACCUACGAACCCGAUCCGCUCACGAAUCCGGUGGGACUCUUCAAAAGAAAUGGCAACUUAACCGUCGACGACUCGACGACAAUCCAAGGAACUCUAAUUGUCAAGGACAAACUGACUAUCGACGGCACCAGCAUCGCCGUGGCUGCUGCCGAUCUGUCUCCGCUGGACGGAACAACAGAUCCGAUCCGUUUGCCAUCGAUCCUGGCCAAGAGUUUGCACGUCGACACCGGCACCUCGGCCACGAUGACCGGGAUGGUGGCUCUUUGGGACGAAUUCACCGUUUUAGAGCAGGACCAAAACGACACGACGAUCUUGGAUUUCAAUGGCGUUCUAAUCACGCCCAAGUUUGAAAUUGAGCCGCGAGAGAAAUGGAAGAACUCCAACUGGGGCUACUGGCAUCUAAUCUAUGGGCUAACUGCUCCCAGCAGCGGUCCGAACCAAUUCUUUCCCAUCUGGCUGGCGGCCUGGCCUCGGUACUUCUACCCCUACCCCGAGGUCACGAUGAAGCAAGAGGCCGAACCGCCUGCCUAUCACUGGAAACGCCCCGACGCCAACGAGCCCAUCUACAUUCCCCGCGACGGCGACGAGGGGCUGUUCUGGGAUAUCUUACGCGUGGAAGUGGAACCGUAA